AUGACGGUGGUGAUUAGGAGAGAUUGGGAGAGUCUCAUUCCUAUCUUCAGGAAGGGCAAGAAGGCAGCUCUGGGGAACUGCAGGCUAGUUGGCCUCAGCCCAGCCCCUUGGGAGGUGAUGGAGGAAAUCCUUCUGGAAAGGAUUUCCAAAGUCAUGAAGGACAGGAAGGAUGGAGGUCUGCUUCUAAAUAACCCUUCUGCACUGGCAGUUCAUGAGUGCAAGUGUCUUUGGCCAAAUGUUCCCUUGCAGUGUCUAAUAUCGCUGGGCACAGGUCGAUACGAAAGUGAGGGAAAGGCAAACGUCACAUACACCAGUUUGAAAGCCAAGCUCACAAAUGUUAUCAGCAGUGCAACUGAUACAGAAGAAGUUCACGCCAUGCUGGAUGCACUGUUGCCUCCAGAUACUUACUUCAGAUUUAACCCUCUUAUGAAUGAAGACAUACCUCUGGAUGAAAGUCGUAAAGAGAAACUCAAUCAGCUGCAGACAGAUGGAAUUCGUUAUUUAGAACGAAAUGAAUUAAAACUGAGAAAAGCUGCAAAAAUAUUACAAGAAGAAAAAACAGCUUUGCAGAGAUUUCAGGACUGGAUGAAAUUAAAGGCUGACAUGUAUGAAGGCCUUCCAUUUCUUUCCAAGUUGUGAAUAUGUGAUGCAUGAAAGAUCAUAAAUGUAAAUCUUGUUCCAGAAAAUCCAUUCAGUACUGUAAAGGUGUAAUGUUUAUUGGGGGUAAAUUACAUCUUUGGAAAGCUAUCAGAAUUCUGGAGAAAGCAAUUCAGGAUGGCUGUUUGGUGCACACUUACUUGAUAAAGGUUUUAUAGUGUUAAUUAUUUUUUGAACUUUACAGAUCUUACUGUUGCUCUACUUAAGUUUGUUAAAGUUGGUGAAACUGAAAAUUAUGAAAACAAUUGUGCUAUGCAUUUUUGGAUGUAUGUACCAUAAUUAUGGUGGCAGUAGAACUAUUUAUCAACU